UAAAAAGACAAUAAGUAAUUGCUUAAGUCAUGUAAAGCGUUGACUUAAAAUCAUAACCUCAAUUCGUUCAAAUAAGUUCACCGGCAAUGUCAAAUAAGAUCAUCUUAUUUGACUAUGAAUACUUGUCAUUCUUAAGAUGGGACUAUGCAUCUCAAAAUCGAAGCAUUUACUUUAUCAAGCAUAUGCUUAAGUUGCGGCUUAAGGCAAUGCUUAUUGCACGACUAUGAAUCUAGGUGGCAGCUUAAGUCGCUGCUUAAGAAAUAAGUAUCGACUAUGAAUACCGCCCUAUGAAUACCGCCCAUUGUCAAAAGUAUAUAUAGUUUAUAAAUAAUUGAAUAGAGAUUCUAUUGAAAAGGAAAAUUUUUCUUUCAAAAAUACUAUUACCCAAGUAUGAUUUUUCAAGAUGGGAAAGUGUUUCUUGUGUGGAAAAUUACCUGAUGCAGAGAAUAAUAUAAAUUUAUAUAAAUUUCCACGAAAUGAUGAUUUGUACAAGAAAUGGCUUCUUAUAUUAGGUUUGGAAAGAAAGGAGUUGAAAAGAAAAAGUUACUUGUGCUCGAAUCAUUUCAAUUCAGAGAGCUUUACGAUUCCUUGUAAUGGAAGUAAAAAGUUUUUGAAACCUGGAAGUACACCUACAGCUUUAGCAAAAGAAGUAAAACUAAAUUCUUCAGUUGAAGAACAAGAAGCUUUAAAGAUGCACGAUGGGGAGAACAUUUGUCAUGAUCGUCACUACACUAAUACUUUCCAAUCUAUGACGACGACUAUAGCAAAAAUAGCAGAAAAUUUGGAUUCUUUGAAAAAGGAGAACAAAAUUCUUCGCCAACAAACAAAUCAUCUUAAAACGAAGAUUAUUUAUCAACACUCUCUUUCAAAUGAUGUGGAUUUUACCGAAAGCCGGUGGAACAAUAUUCUUAAAUUUGAUUAUAACAGCUAACGAUUUUUAAAUAUUUAAUAUAUUUAAACGUAAAAAUUAUUUUAUAGAGAACGUAAUGUACUGUAUACUAUUGUAUAUCUUAAUAAAAUCUAGGUUUUAUAUUAUAA